UGUCGAGGACCGCCCGAGGAGCUCUCAGGCUACCGCCGUUGUAUCGUCUCGAGAACGCUCUGCUUCUAGCUGAAAAACCAUGGAGCUGCUCUGCCUGGAAAUGGACACCACCAUACGAGCACGUCCCGAUCCCAAUCUCCUGUGCGAUGACAGGGUCCUACAGAGGUUACUGACCAUAGAGGAGAGAUUCCUCCCUCAAUAUUCCUAUUUCAAGAUCGUCCAGAAAGACAUACAGCCUUUUAUGAGGAGGAUGGUUGCUACUUGGAUGUUGGAGGUUUGCGAGGAGCAGAAAUGCGAGGAAGAAGUUUUCCCCCUGGCCAUGAACUACUUAGACAGAUUCUUAGCCGUGGUACCCACCAAAAAGUGUCACCUGCAGCUGCUGGGAGCAGUGUGCAUGUUUCUGGCAUCCAAGUUGAAGGACACUCGUCCGUUAACUGCAGAGAAACUGUGCAUCUACACAGACAACUCCAUCAGACCGCAGGAACUGCUGGAAUGGGAGUUGGUGGUGUUGGGGAAGUUGAAGUGGAACCUGGCUGCAGUCACUCCCAAUGACUUCAUCGAGCAUAUCGUGAGGAAGCUUCCUCUACCCGAGGAUAAGCUAGCGCUCAUACGCAAACAUGUGCAGACCUUCAUUGCCCUCUGCGCCACAGAUUUCAACUUUGCCAUGUACCCUCCCUCCAUGAUCGCCACAGGAAGUGUGGGGGCGGCCAUCUGCGGCCUACAGCUGGACUCAGCUGACCAGUCACAGUGGGGAGACAGUCUGACAGACCUGUUGGCCAAAAUCACAAACACAGAAGUGGACGUUCUCAAGGCGUGCCAGGAGCAAAUCGAGGGUGUGCUGGUCAGCAGCCUGCGCGAGGGCCAACAGCAGCAGCAGCAGCAGCAGACACAGAGGGGCCCCAGCAGUAAAGGUCUGGAAGAGCUGGAUCAGUCCUCCACCCCGACAGACGUUCGCGACAUCAACUUGUGAACCACUGGGGGGCACCAUCGCAUGGGGGAUUGAAAAGCAACGUCAAAAAAAAUCGAAUUUUUUUUUUUUGAAAUGAGGAAAAAAAACUACAAAAUAACAAAAAAGGUUUUAAAAACAAACACACCCUUGAAAGAGAGGAAAAAUGCCUGCUAGUUUUUGUAGAUUUCUAUUUUUCAAAUCAAAAACUACAUGCCCAAUUUACUUUGAAAUCAAAAGCUAUUUUAGAUACAAGAAAUGGAUAUUCUCUGAUAUUGUAUUCUAAAUACUAUAAAUUUGAUACAAGAAGAAGCUCUGAGGUGCCUUGGAUAUACAGAAGUGAAGUCAAUCAUAUGAUGCAUUAUAUUUUUGAUUGUAUGAUCAUUAAGUUAUACCUUAACCAUAGCUUGACAAUAGGGCUUUGAAAAUUAGAGGUGGGGAAAGAGUUCAAAUGGCA